GCGACACGGCGAGAGCAGCCUCCCCGCCAAGCACCUCAUGCACCACAAGAAGGCCUACGCCGCGGAAGCGCAGUUCGCCGGGGUGCUCGUGUCGGGACACGACCGCGCGUCCCCGAGGCCGUCACCGAGGCCGUCCACCGAGGCCGUCACCGAGGCCGUCCGCGAACUCCUCGGAGCAGCUCGUCGACGGGGACCCUCCGCGGGACAUGGUCUACGAGAUCAUGCCCAUGGUGUGGAUGCUCCGCCUCAUGCUCAUGCUGCCCCUGACCGUCCUGCCCAACGGCAACUUCCGGUUCCGGUGGCUGUCGGUACCGGUGGCGCUCUCGUUCGCGACGUGGCUGGUGCUGGUCGUCAUCACCUACUACACGGUGCGCUUCCGUCUGGACCCCGUGAGCGUGGACGGCAAGCACUUCCACGUGUGGGACCUGGUGCCCAAGUACGCCUCGUCCUUCUCCUUGUGCUACAUCGUCUUCAUGCCCUACACGAACUGGGCCCUCACGAGCCGCGCCAUCGACAUGAUCGAAGACUUGAAGCGCGUCCAGGUGAUGAUCGCCGCCCUGCACGGCGCCACGCGCCUGCCCAGGGUGCGGGCGUUGGCGUGGGCGGCGUGCGCGGUGUCCGUCGGGGUGCCCGUGCUGAUGCAGGCCACCGCCUUCAGCGCGCUGCCCGACCAGGCCGUGUGGAUGACGCCCGUCCUGCUGCACAGCGCUGCCUACGUGACGCUGGGCACGUCCUUCUGGUACAUCGCCUGCCGCACGGUCUCCAUCCUGGCGCACAACGUGGCCGCCGACAUGGUCGACGACUGCCAGCGCCUGGGCGUGGCGGGGCUGCGCCAGCACCGCCGCAUCUGGCUGGGGUUGGUCAAGGUGGUGUACGGGCUGAGCGAGUCCUGGGGCCGCACGCAGGCGGUGCUGCUGGGCGCCUUCUUCGUGACCAUCGUGUCCAUCAGCUUCCUGCUGACGCACAUGGUGUUCACCAACAGCCUGAACAAGGCUGGGCUCUGGCUCUUCUUCACCGUCGUGCUCGUCUUCUUGGCCACCAUCAGCACCUGCUCCGCAGCGCAGACCAUGACGGACGCGGUUCGAGUUCCCGCCAAGAUGCAGCUUCUCCUGUUGUCAUUUCUAGUGAGGGACGAGGAGACCACAACGGAGAUUGUACAAUUCCUUGAGGAAAUGUACCUGGAGCACCCAAAGGUGUCCGUCUGUAGGUUGGGUGUCCUCAGUAAAGCGAGUAUUGUAUACAUAUUUGCGUUGGCCAACACCUACAUUGUGGUGCUCUCCCAGUUCACCCUCUCCAUCGAGACCUCGACAACCAAUUUCGAUGUGGACCCUGGCAGACUCAAACAAAGUUGA